UUCUUUUCUCUCACCCAAACGGCGCCGUUGCAUCCUCCUCAAGCCGCCGUUCAAUCCUCCUCAAGCCGGCAGCCGCCAUGACUAGCAAGCGGAAGUCCACGCCCUCUCCGGCCCAUUCGGGAAAGAAAUUGGCGGUUGAGGAAAAGAGAAGUGAAGACUACGAGGAGCCUGAAGCUCGUUUUCUCGGAGAUCCGGUUCCCAGUAAAGAGGCCAGGCAACGGUGGCCAAAGCGCUACGCAGAACAGGUAAAUCUGAAAUGAAAGGAUGAUGAUUCGGAAGAAUUUAUUCAAGCCUCAUGUCAUUACAUGCAAGCGGAAGUUGAUGGAUGUGUAAUUUAUGAUCUUUAUGACGACGCUCAUGUAAAAGCAGGAGAUGGGGAGGAAGAUUUUAUAUGUAAAAUUGUUGAGAUGUUCAAGGCAGUUGAUGGGACACUAUAUUUUACUGCUCAGUGGUAUUAUAGAGCUUGUGACACGGUCAUUCAAAGCAAUGCCCAUCUUAUUGAGAAAAACCGUGUUUUUUUCUCAGAGAUUCAGAAUGACAAUCCGCUGGAGUGUCUUGUGAAAAAACUAAUUAUUGCUCGGGUUCCUCUAAAUGUUGACUUAGAGGCUAAAAAGUUGGCAAUCCCGACUUGUGAUUACUAUUGCGACAUGUUGUAUUUAUUGCCUUACUCCACGUUUCGUAACUUGCCACCAGAAAAUAGGAGAGCUGGCAGUGAGACGUCAUCCACUAUUUCUAGUGAAGUGGAUGCCAAUGGGUGUGAUGUUAUGGAGCAUAAGAAGCCAGAGGUGACAUUGUUGGAUCUAUAUUCUGGAUGUGGUGCUAUGUCAACUGGUUUGUGCCUUGGUGCAAAUAUGUCUGGUUUAAAUCUCGUUACACGAUGGGCCGUUGACCUGAACGAACAUGCUUGUAGAAGUCUCAAGUUGAACCAUCCAGAGACAGAGGUGAGGAAUGAAGCAGCUGAAGAUUUUCUCACACUGCUAAAAGAGUGGGAAAAGCUAUGCAUUAGUUUUUCCUUGGUCAAAAGUAAAGAUCCACAGCAACAAUUUGAUUAUUUUGGUAUGGUGGAUGAUGGAGGUGAAGAAGAAGAUGAAGAUGAUGGCAGUAGUGAGGCUGAUGGGGAAGAUGAUCCUGAGGUUUUUGAAGUUGAGAAGAUUCUAGCCAUUUGUUAUGGUAAUCCAAAGGAGAAGAGCGAACGAGGAUUAUACUUAAAGGUUCGCUGGAAAAAUUAUGGACCUGAUGAAGAUUCUUGGGAACCAAUUCAAGGGUUGAGUAAUUGUACAGGGAAGAUAAAAGAAUUUGUCUCUCAUGGGUACAGAUCAAAGGUUCUGCCCUUGCCGGGCGAUGUGGAUGUGAUUUGUGGAGGGCCUCCAUGCCAAGGUGUUAGUGGCUUUAACCGUUUUAGGGACAAGAAUAAUCCUUUGGCUGAUGAAAAAAAUAAACAAUUAAUGGUGUUUAUGGAUAUUGUCGAAUAUCUAAAGCCAAGAUUUGUUUUGAUGGAGAAUGUAGUCGACCUUGUAAAGUUUGCUAAAGGAUAUCUUGGACGAUAUGCCUUGGGUCGGCUCAUUCAAAUGAAUUACCAAGCCCGUUUAGGAAUGAUGGCAGCUGGAGCAUAUGGGCUUCCCCAAUUUCGGAUGCGAGUUUUCUUAUGGGGAGCUCAACCAACAGAGACUUUACCUCAGUACGCGCUCCCAACCCACGAUGUUGUUAUAAGAGGAGUUAUUCCUACAGAGUUUGAGAGAAACACGGUAGCAUAUGAUGAGGGCCAUUCAGUGGAACUAGAAAGGAAACUUUUGUUGAAGGAUGCAAUUUCUGACCUUCCAGCAGUUGGAAAUUAUGAAUCUCGUGAUGAGAUGCCAUAUGACAAGGAUCCCGAGACAGAGUUUCAAAGGUUCAUCAGAUUAAGUAAAGAUGAAAUGAUCGGUUCUUCAUCAGAGUCAGAACGAAGUAAACAGUUGCUCUUUGAUCAUCGUUCGCUUGAGUUGAACACGGACGAUUAUCAACGUGUUUGUAGGAUCCCGAAAAGAAAGGGAGCAAAUUUUAGAGAUUUACCUGGAGUUCUUGUUCGUCCAGAUAAUAAAGUUGAAUGGGAUCCUAAUGUCGAGAGGAUAUAUUUGGAGUCUGGAAAACCUCUGGUCCCUAAUUAUGCGAUGACCUUUGUCGAUGGGACAUCAUCUAAACCUUUUGCCCGUCUUUGGUGGGACGAGACAGUGCCAACAGUGGUUACCAGAGCAGAACCGCACAAUCAGGCCAUUUUACACCCGGAACAAGACCGUGUGCUUUCAGUUCGUGAAAACUCAAGGUUGCAAGGUUUUCCCGAUUAUUACAAGCUUUGCGGACCUAUUAAAGAAAGGUAUAUCCAAGUUGGAAAUGCAGUGGCAGUGCCCGUGGCUCGAGCGUUAGGAUACGGAUUAGGUCUAGCAAUUCAAGGAUCGGCAACUCAUGAACCUUUAUUUACAUUACCUCAAAAAUUCCCAAACAUCUUAGAACGACUUGCUUCUGCAUCAUCUGAAGAUGAUGCUUGAUUGUUGUACUCAAAAGUAACAUGUUGGAUUAUUGAAGAACAAUUCAUAUUGUAAUUGUAAUUGUAAUUGUACAUUAUCUUAACCUUCCGGCUAAGCCCCCUUUUUUUAUAAUCAUUAUUCAAAUGACA